AUGCCUUCCAUGGCUUGCAUAGCUUUGUCAACCUCUUCACCGUUAAAUUCAUCAAAUAUAUCAAACGUCAAUCGCUUUUACACUCAGUCGACCACCAAUUUUGGUGGUACAGCAGUAGCACCUGCCAGGCCUGUCGUUAGCAGCACUCAUAAUAAUACUAAUAAUACUAAUAACAGGAAUACUAAGAGCACUACUCCAUCCACUCCAUCCACCAUCACCUCGACUGUCGACACCACAACCACCCACAGAAGCACACAUUCAGUUACAAAUAGCACUUUAGCAGCACUUACCAGUAGCAGCAGUGGUAAUACCACAACUACAUCAUCAUUAUCAUCAUCGACUACUACUGGCACUACACACCAUUUCUUGGACUUACCACCAAACAACAGUUCAUCAGUCGCUGCUGAUCUGACAGUGACCGCCGCCGCCGCACACAAAGCUGUCUACGAUUUGGCCGGACUUAGCGCUUCAUUGCACUGUUCGGCGGCACACAUCCAACCGCAUCAUUCCUGUGCUUCAACGAGUGCGGCAUCGAUAGCUUUCCAAACGGUCUGA